GCUGUAGGUCAAGGGUCACACAGAUUCAAGAUGGCGGCCACCUUGGCUAGAGGACUGUCAGGUAUAGUGAGACCUCUGACAGUUCUCGGACAGUCCUGCUUUAACCACGCAGUCAGAGCUCCACUGUUUCUUCCUCGCUUCUCCACACUUACUCAGCGACAGUCUGGUUUGAAACCGCUGCCUUCUCUUCAUUCCUGUGGUCUUCAGCAGACUCUUCUGCAGCGAGUCUCUCCUGUCAUUCCAUCACUGAUGCAGCAGCCCUGCAGAAACUUAACAUAUUUUAGUGUGAAGAAGGGCAAGAGGAAGACAGUGAGAGCUGUGACGCAAAGGUUUCUGAGGCUGCACUGUGGCCUGUGGGUGAGGAGAAAGGCUGGAUAUAAGAAGAAGCUUUGGAAAAAAUCAGCAGCCAGAAAGAAGCGUUUAAGAGAGCAUGUAUUCUGCAAUAAGACUCAGUGCAAAAAAUUAGACAAAAUGACAACGUCCUUUUGGAAAAGAAGAAACUGGUACUUGAAUGAUCCUUACCAGAAAUACCAUGAUAGGGUUAACCUGUAAGUGUCCUGAGCCCUCUUAUAUUACAAAUGUAUUGUUCUGUGAAGAAAACGUUUGUUUGUAAAGUGUCUACAUCUGACGACUAAGUGUAUUGCCCAGAAGCACACCAAACAAUACAGUCUGCACUUUCUGCAAAUUUAACAUGACUGGAAAUAUUCAUGUAAAUUGAAAACCAAUGUGUAUGGGUUUGUGCUGGACCUAUUGAAAUAAAGCGUUUUCAAACUUGUCAGUCAGAAAGUGGGGUGUAGUGGAGAAAAUAAAAUCAAAGAGCCAUUGA